CCAGUCAUCGCCAGUAGUCAUCAUCCGACGAUCGUGGAAACUCACACUUGCAGAGUGAAAACAAAACGUCAGUGUUUUCCCGUUUUUCUGCGCUCCGCUGUGGCCCGUCGCAACAGUAGUUCGUGCUGGGGGUGGGAAAAGUCGUCCGGAUAUCGUGAAAACUCGUCGUGCGCAUCGAUUUUCUUCGUGACCGACCGCUUCCUCUAGAAAGGAUACCGCAGUUUUGUGGUGGAUGCAUUCGUUGGUUAGCUAUCGCAGUACAAUCAUCGUUUGUUGCAGCAGCCAGUGGGAAUUGCUCAUCGUUUCGGAGUGUUUGCUGUUAGAUUUGGGUUUUCCGGAAGGUUUCGGUUCCAAAGUAGUGAAAGUGCAAUCAAAUUUUAGCUGAAAUCGAGUGUUUUGGUGUAUUUUGGGGAUAGAGCUAGAGGUAAAUGUGAAUUUUCUUCCCCGUGUGAGGAAGCCAUCAUAUUAUCGAUUUUUCGUUGUUGGCAAAGUUUGGACCGCAGAUAUCGAAUUGGGGGGCAACCUUUGGAGCAUCUGAACAUUUGGUGACGAAUUCUUGCUGCUGGUGUUAUAAACUACGGCUUAACCAUGUCGGUUAUGAUGAAAGCGACGAAAUGUCCUACGGACGAGCUAUCCCUCAAGAACAGGGCCAUCGUCAAUAGCACGGACUUUCCAGAAGACAUAAAGUACAUUGAUGUGUCGACUGCUCCUGGACAGCACUUUAUUUUCUCGAUCGAACGAUGCCCGGAUAUUCCAAACUACUGCAUCGGCUUCUCUCUGCUUCAACGAAAGUGGGCAACUUUGUCAAUUAAUCAGGACAUAUCUGUGAAACCGUACUUUUUCGAUCGUUCUUCUGAAGUGUUGUGCAAUGUUAGCAUCGAGGUGGAUUUCUUGCAAAAGAAAACAACCACCUUAGAACCUUACGACAGCGAUCAAAUGGCAAAAGAUUUUGUUUUACAAUUCUCCGGCCUGGCGCUGACCGUUGGUCAGCCGCUGGUUUUCAGUUUCCAGGACAAGAAACUGCUUGGGCUGUGCAUUAAAUCGCUGGAAGCAAUCGAUGCCAGCGCUUCGGUGCAGGGCGAUAAGAAACAGGAACCGAAAAGGACCAAUUUCGGUCGACUGCUGGGCAAUACGUCGGUCACUUUUGAAAAGGCGGAAAACUCUUCGCUGAACUUGGUCGGAAAGGCGAAGGGCAAGAUAGUGCGCCAGUCCAUCAUCAAUCCGGACUGGGACUUUGGAAAAAUGGGAAUCGGUGGCUUGGACAAGGAGUUCAAUGCCAUCUUCCGGCGAGCGUUUGCUUCGCGAGUUUUCCCGCCGGAAAUCGUGGAACAGCUGGGCUGCAAACACGUGAAAGGUAUUUUACUGUAUGGUCCACCCGGUACCGGUAAGACGCUGAUGGCUCGCCAGAUCGGUACGAUGCUGAACGCUCGUGAACCGAAGAUUGUGAAUGGUCCGCAGAUUUUGGACAAGUAUGUUGGUGAGUCCGAGGCCAACAUUCGGCGUCUGUUUGCCGAAGCUGAAGAAGAGGAGAAAAGACUUGGCCCUAACAGUGGAUUGCAUAUCAUCAUCUUCGACGAAAUCGAUGCCAUUUGUAAGGCUCGAGGAAGCGUCGGUGGCAAUAGCGGUGUGCAUGAUACCGUGGUGAACCAGCUGCUGGCCAAGAUCGAUGGCGUGGAACAGCUGAACAACAUUCUGGUGAUUGGUAUGACCAACAGACGGGACAUGAUUGACGAGGCGCUGCUGCGUCCGGGUCGAUUGGAAGUGCAGAUGGAGAUUAGUCUUCCGAAUGAGGAAGGCCGAGUACAGAUUCUGAACAUCCAUACGAAGCGGAUGAGGGAGUUCAAGAAAAUCAAUCCUGAUGUAGACAAUAAGGAACUAGCAGCCCUUACAAAGAACUUCAGCGGUGCUGAGUUGGAAGGUUUGGUACGCGCAGCUCAAUCAACCGCUAUGAAUCGUCUAAUCAAAGCAGCAUCGAAAGUAGAAGUUGACCCCGAGGCUAUUGAAAAGCUGAUGGUCAACAGAGGUGACUUCCUGAACGCCCUCGAGAAUGACAUCAAGCCGGCAUUCGGUACUGCUCAAGAAGCGCUGGAGAAUUAUCUCAUUCGUGGUAUUCUCAAUUGGGGACUUCCGGUCGCGCACGUUUUGGAGGACGGUGCACUGUACACGCAGCAGGCUCGGGCUGCCGAAAGUUCCGGACUGGUGUCAAUUCUGCUGGAGGGUCCUCCAAACUCCGGCAAGACAGCGCUGGCCGCUCAGCUGGCAAAGAUGUCCGACUUCCCGUUCGUGAAGGUAUGCACCCCGGACGAUAUGGUCGGAUUCACGGAGAACGCUAAAUGUCUGCAGAUCAGAAAGUACUUCGACGAUGCCUAUCGUUCUACGCUUAGUUGCAUUUUGGUGGAUAACAUCGAACGGCUUUUGGAUUACGGUCCCAUUGGUCCGAGAUAUUCUAACCUCACGCUUCAGGCUCUGCUUGUUCUGUUGAAGAAGCAGCCUCCUAGGGGAAAGAAACUACUCAUUCUUUGCACAACUAGCCGAAGGCAAGUUUUGGAAGACAUGGAAAUGCUGUCGGCAUUUACUGCUGUUCUACAUGUGCCGAAUCUCUCACAACCGGAACACAUUUUAUCAGUAUUGGAACAGGAGCAGGAUGUGUUCACCAAGCAGGAUCUCGCUACCAUCUACAAGAGGAUGAAGGGUCACAAAGUGUUCGUCGGCAUCAAAAAGCUCCUGGAUCUAGUCGACCUAACCAGGCAGACCGACCCACCGCAACGGGUAAACAAAUUCCUCUCCAAACUGGAGGAGGAAGGAGCGCUCGACGCCGGAACUUCCAUCCAUUAACUUAUAACCGGAGGGUAGCUAUGGGAUCUAAGUAUUAUCUCUUUCAACGACGUAUUCUAAGAACCGGGCCGGCAAGGCAAGGCAAGCAGGAGAAGGUGAGUAAACAGGAAAACAAUAAUGAGGUACACCACCGCAUCUCUUACCGCAUAUAUUUCCGAUUUGCUGCUAGGGGACACCAAAGGCGCUAGAGGCGUAGUAUGCAACCAUAUAUCUCUAUAAACAAUAGUUUUACUCUAAACAGUAAUGAGUGUUAAGGGCAACGUAACUUUGGCCGCGUUGCUUUAAAAAUGCUAUCAAUUAUAUACAGCUUGACUGUUGUUCUUUACACAAACACAAAGAGAAUAUAUUUAAUAUAUUUAGAUAUUUACAUGGUUUUCAUCGACGCUAAGAUUAUUACUGUAGCGAGCUCUAAUUAGCAGGUCGUUUGCGAUCUCAGCAAAGCAAAACGACUAAGUAAUAGAAAUGCUGUGGUGUUGCAGUUUCAAUAAUCUUAGAUAGCUAUCUAAAACCAACUUCAUUGAGUACGAGUCUGUUUCAGUUAUUUUUCUUUCCCAUGAAUCGUAGGAAUUGCCAACCUUUGUCAAGGUGUUUUUCGUGGUAUGAAGAGAGGAUUGUUUUUCUAUUUUUAUUGCUAAAAAUAAAUUGAAAAAUAGCAUUUUAUAAGCUACUUUUGCUUUCCUCGAAAAUUAACGAUGAAUUUUGUCCCUAAAAUGCAUGAAAAAGUGAAGACUCGUAAAUGUUACAAACUGUGCUGAAAUGGAAAUGUUUAUUUCGCUCGUUGAACAAUCAAAAGUUUUACGAAACAAAGUGACAUUGAUUAAUUCUACGCUUUUAAAGGUGGUGUUACAGUCAGCAGGAAUACGAGAAAGAAUUUUAGCUAAAAAAAUCUGUGGUAAUUGAUGAAACUUAUUAUUGGCAUCGCGUCUCCAAUAAAUAAACUGGUUACACGACAGAUCGGAAGAACAAAGUCCGAUUGAUCGUUUUGUCUACUAAUGCAGACAGCAUUUCUUGAUAAAUUAAUAGUCCAAAUCGUUGUGCGCCUCCAAAAAAGGUUCUAAAGUUCUACGCAUGACUAGUGUGUCCCAAACUUUUCAGCUAUAGAUGCGGAAUUCUGUAAAGAAUAAGUUCAAAUUACAAAAAAAAAAUCUGAUUUUUGUAUAUCGUUCAAGUAUGUAAAACUUGCAUUAAAGAUGAAAAAUAUCAAUGUCACUUCGUUUCAUCCAUAGUACUCUUUUCAGUUGUUUCUUUACCUGCAUAUACUACUUCCAAGACCCUAUAAUCUAUCAUUUGAAGGAUCUCAGCAUAGCAGGAAAAAGCUAAAUAAUUAAAGCUUGUGACAACCAUGUUUGUCAGUUCUUCGGCGUACUAGCGAUUAAUGCAUUGUUUACAUCAACUGUUAUCAACCGAUGGAGGAUUGUUUCAGCGUGACGAGUGAGUCUGCAUUUAGCUUGUUAUCGGUGUGUGCAUGAAUUUCCGUUAUUUAUUUGUAAAAGAAAACCCAAAUUAGCGUUAAGAGAUCAAAAUUUAGCUGCGAGUCAUCGACGAGGUUUUCUGAUGACUCGCACCUUGGUUACCCUUCGUGAUUCGUCUAUAAGUAGAAACAAGUGUAAAAUCGGUGAUAAAUAAAUCUUUUAUUAUAUAAAGUCCCUUUAAAGUAGCCUACAGCAGCAGUAGAAACUUAUUUCGAGCAUAAUGUACACUUGAUUCGACUCAGCACGUUUGUUGUAGGAAUGAUAGUUAAAGCAAUAUACAGAACGUUCAAAUUAAACAUCGUUGGCAAAACGAGUGACAAAAGUGUACAGGUGAUCUAGCGUUUAGAUUUUGUUGAUCUGUUCCACACCUUUAUUAAGUUGGCACAUCCACAUUCCAUAUCUAGGUCUUGCUAUGUGUUGAACUAAGGUUCGUGAUGGAGGUCACUUAUGGAUGCUAAUUUUUUGCACAAGGAAUAAAUUAUGUCUUCUGUUGGUGCUUUCAUAUAAUUCUCCUCAUCAAAGAGAGACUCCAUGAAAAUUUUCAAGAACCAUUUUUCAAGCUACAGCAUGCCUAGCUGAGACAUGUAGACAAAAACAAAAACAUAUUAAUUCAAUCGUUAUUAUAUCAAGCAGAACAUUUAUUUUAUUAAAUUUGUGUCUUGGUGAAUUUAAACAAACAGCCGAAUGCAAAGUAUGGAUAGAAAAAAUGUUUGAGCAAAAAUUCAGUUUAGGAAUACUAACCAGAUAUUGUAAAUUAAACCUGUUAUAACAACUACA